GACCUCUUCGCCGAACCCUCUGGAGGAGAUUUGGGUGGCUCUGCUGAACAUGAGGGAGUUGGAGGAGAAGUACAUUCGAAAGCCGAGUCUGGGUUACCCAAUUCACCAUCUUCUUCAGGUCAGCGACCAGAAAAUCCGCUGCUUUUACUUGGCCAGUAUAGUGACGAGGAAUUGGAUGAUGUCUCAAAUAAAGCUCAUAGUGAUGCUGCUGUAGAGAAUUCCUCGCCUCAGAAUAACGAUGAGGUUAAGAGCGUGCUUGAUGAAUCGGGACAAAAUUUGGAUAUCAAAGGUGGCAAUGAGCCUGCCUCUCAGGAUUUCAAUCAAAAGGGAGUGGACACAAACUCUGAUACACUGGAUCGUGAUCAGAACAUGGAAGAUAGUGAUAGAAGAGAAAAUGGUGAUCCGACACCUGGAAUUUCAUGUACAGAAGUUGAUUCGGAGGAGAAAGUUUCUUUGCCAGAAACUUCUAGUGUACAGGUUAUUGGUGAUGUCAGUUCAGGUUGGAAGAUUGUGAUGCAUGAAGACAGUAAAAGCUAUUAUUACUGGAAUACUGAAACUGGGGAAACUUCAUGGGAAGUGCCUGAUGUUUUGGCUCAAGCUGCCAAGUCAACAUGUGACCCGAAAAUGCCUUCUAUUGAUGAAAAAACAGAGAAUAUUCCUGUUGGUAUGCAAGAGUCUAAUCGUUAUUCUAAUUCUGACGUCAUUGAAGGGUCUUCCAAUAUGGUUCCUCAGGCCAUUUAUGGGGAUGGGUCCCAGAUGAAUGACUGGAAUAUAGGAUGCUAUAAUGGAUCAGAGAUUGAUCCCUCCUCUCAUCUUGUAAAAUAUACUGAGGCUUUGUUAGAGAGAUUGAAGUCGCUACAAGGGUUCAAGGAUCAACUGCAAGGUGUUGACCAGAUCACAAAGUACAUUUUGGAAGUUGAAAUUAGACUGUUUGAUUUGAAGUCACUUUAUUCCUAUGGAUCAUCUCUGCUUCCAUUUUGGAUGCAUUCUGAAGGACAGCUUAAGCGGCUUGAGAGUGCAAUCAAUGAUGAAAUGUCCAAGAUUGUUAAGCCUGGAGAAGCUGAGGCAUCUCAUCCAUUAUUCUCCCAGGGACAAAUGAAUAUCCACAAAACCACAGGGUCUAAAACUGAAGUAGAUCGAGUUGAAAAUAAGCAACAUAUAUCUUCUCUAAAUAAUUGUGAGGGUUCUCUUAGUGCGGAUGCAGUCAAUGAAGAUCAAGAAGUUAAACACUCCACUGCAAAGAAUGAGCAUGUGGAGGUUGGUGCGAGUGAACAAGUCCACAGGAUAGUAGUUCCUGAUGAGUUAACUACCAAGAAUGAGGUUUAUGUCGAGGAAGAUGUUGACAUGGAUGUGGACAUGGAAGUUGAAGAUUCAAACUCGGCUGGAAAUACAGCUAUUUAUUAUGGGGUGCAUGCCGAGGAGUUCUCUGCAACAGAGCAGCCAAAUAAACCUAGUUCAACUUCCUUACCCACAUCGCUAGUUUCAGAGGAUAAUUUUGCGGUUCCACCUCCUCCUGAUGAGGAAUGGAUUCCUCCACCCCCACCUGAUAAUGAACAGGUUCCUCCGCCUCCACCUGAUGAGCCACCACCUGAACCUCCGUACCCUCCACUGCCAUCUUACUCUGAGACCGGGCAACCUCCCUAUGUAGAACAGUACAGUUUCUCCUAUCCAGUUUCCAGUUUUGAAUAUUACGGACAUACAGUUACUGAAGCACCUGGUAGUAAUUAUUAUGGACACGCACACGCUGACGGAUGCCAAGUUGCUGUACCCCACGUACCAGUUUACUAUGGUACAGUUCCUAGCCCCUACACUGAAAAUGCUCAGGUUGUGGCAAAUCCUGUCGCGCCUGUAGCAUAUUAUGGGCUUCAUGAUGGUGCAGUGCCUACCCCUCCUGUAGUCAGUAGUGUAGAUUCCUUGCAAUUUCACAGCGGGUCUGCUCCUCUUAGCUCUGACAACCUUGCAUCUGAUCAACCCAGAUCUAUCAACUCUUCUGAAGGAGCAGACAAGGGUUCAACUGUGCAGGUUCCCACUACCUCGGCCACAGUCGAAGCACCUGCAACUAUAAUGGAAAAAGAUAUUGUUCCUGUUCCACUAAAUAAUCCGGUCUCUACUGCUGCACCUAUUCCUGCUACAUCAGUGGUGGCUAAGGUUCAAUCAAAAGUUCAAAGUACUAAAAAGAGGAAAACACCAGCUUCUUCUUCCUUGAGGUCUAAUAAGAAAGUCUCCAGUUUGGUAGACAAGUGGAAAGCAGCUAAAGAGGAGUUGCUUGAAGAUGAGGAGGAAUCUGAGGAUACAUAUGAGUCGCUAGAGAGGAAGAGGCAAAGGGAAAUAGAGGAAUGGUAUUCGCAACAAAUUACAAGUGGAGAUGCCAAAGACAAUGCUAAUUUUCAACCAUUAGGUGGCAAUUGGCGUGAGAAGGUGAAGCGAAGAAAGGCUCAGUUAGCCCGUGAGGCUGCACAGACCGCACCCGAAGCACCUAGUAAUGGGAACCAACAACCCGAUCUUACCGAACUCUCAAGGGAUCUCCCAUCUGGAUGGCAGGUAUAUAUAAACGGGCCCUUAUGCUCCACGAGCUAUUGUGUACUGGCAGUAAUUUCACUAUUUAAUAGACAGGCUCUCAUAGUAAUCCCUAUGUGGUUUAAUUUCAUGCCUUUGAUGAUCAAUUACAUUUUAUGGCGUUUGAAAUAUAACCCUUGUUUUGUUUGGUUUCCAGGUUUACUGGGAUGAAUCCUCAAAGCAGGUUUAUUACGGAAAUACUGUAACCUCAGAAACUACUUGGACAAGACCAACAAAAUGACUCGUUUCAAAUUUUCAAAGAAGAUUAUGUGUUUUUGCUUUGUAUAGUCACCAUUCAGUUAGCAAUUAUGAUACUUGCCUUCUGUGCUAAACCAAUCUUGUUGUCAUCACAAUGUUGUAUGCAACUAGUUGCAAG